AAGAGCAACGUACGCAUUUGACAGUCACCGUAAAUCAAAAUAUCGAAUACUAUAGUAACGAGGCAAUAUUUAUACGACAAAAUCCCGUAGAAGAAUCUCCACACAACACAGCAAGGACUGUUCUGCGCAGCAGUAGGACGAACCUACGUUGAAUGUCAUGAAACUGACUACACAUCAACGAAGAGUCAAUCAGCUUCGUACCCGUGGUGCCUCCCCUGCCAAAACUGCCAGCGGGACAGCAAGACGCAUUUUUAGUACCCUAAUUUUUGUUAGGAUGCUGCUCUGGGUAAUGUUUCAAGUAUUGGCUGGACUUCUUCAUCUAUCCCUGACCAUUGCAAUCCCCAAAGAACAGCAUCGCCCUCAAAAGCCCUUGAGUGAAGCGGAACAUUAUGUCUCUACCGGUGAGCAUAAUCCAAAGUAUGACCACGACGCAUUCCUGGGAGAGGAUGAGGCCAAGAGCUUUGACCAACUCUCGCCUGAGGAGAGUAAACGGCGCCUCAAUAAGAUCAUUGACAAGAUUGAUAAGAACCAGGACGGAUAUGUGACACAAGAAGAACUGCAACAGUGGAUUCAGUACACACAAAAGCGUUACAUCCGUGAAGAUGUCGAGAAGCAGUGGCAGGUUCACAACGUCACCGACAGCAUCAGCUGGGAAGAUUAUCGCAGGACAACUUAUGGUGAGGACAGCGAAGCCACAUACCAUGACAUGAUCCGCCGAGACCAACGCCGCUGGGAUCGUGCAGACAGGAACCAGGAUGGAAACCUGUCAAAAGAUGAGUUUGCGGAUUUCCUUCACCCAGAAGAGAGCGAACACAUGAAGGAUGUGGUAGUGGAAGAGACCAUGGAGGACAUUGACAAGGACAAGGACGGCAACAUCUCCCUGGAAGAAUAUAUUGGUGAUAUGUACGGAGGAGCAGAAGAAGGAGAAGUUGAACCAGACUGGGUACACAAUGAGCGAGAUCAGUUCAAGAAUUACAGAGAUCGCAACAAGGACGGGUUUAUGGAUGGGGACGAAGUCAGAGAAUGGAUUAUGCCCGCAGAUUAUGACCACAGCAAAGCAGAAGCCCAUCAUCUGCUCUAUGAGGCUGACAAGGACAAGGACAACCAGUUGAGCAGAGAAGAGAUCCUCAAUAAGUAUGACCUAUUUGUUGGAAGCCAAGCCACAGACUACGGAGAAGCCCUCACCCGGCAUGACGAAUUCUGAUCUCAUUUCAAGAAACCAAACAAGAUUUUAUCCAACGUGUUUCUCGCCAUAUGCAAUGCAUUUCCUAAACUUUUUUGCCUUGGGAAACAAGAUUUCCUCUGAUGCGACAAAGUGUGUUCUACGAACCAUCACAGAUGGAAACACUUUUUAAAUUGAGUCCAAGUGAUGAUUGUGCCAUUACUUGCCUUAGGCAACACGGAAAGAAAUGGUGUACUACAGAAAAUUAUUUUGUCUGUUGAACAAUUACUACUCUGCCAUGACUUUUGCUCUAACUAGCCAUUUGAAUCUAUUUUUCUAAUUCCAGCAACUUGUCACUGGCAAUGUGUCACGAUUUAUGUGCAGGUACCAUUUCCUCAAAUAUAAAUACAUAGACAGUACCAUUACGACAUCUUGGUUACCUCAUUUUUGAGAAAGCGAAAAAAAAAUAGCUAGUUAACACUAUUCUGCUUUCUCUGAUGAUUUCUUGUGUCCAUCUGAGACUUUUAUUCAGGUGCAAGACCAUGAUGCACGUUGUGGUAGUAUAAAUAGUAUAUUAAGGGUGGUUACGUUGAAUGGAUUGUCUUUGAUUUGAGCUGCAGCUCUGGCAAUAGUGCGUACGCCACUGACUGAGGCUGCGUGGUCACUUUGAAAACACGAGUGCAGUCCCCACACACAUGUUCUUCAUGUUUGCCUGCCUUUCACAUACCGGGAAAUUUGUAAUUUGGAAGGAACCUGCUGUCAUUGGAUUUUGUCUCUGUUAUCUGGAAUUGGUUAUUUGUAUCCAGACAGCAAGUACUGGGACCAAUGUUCCAGAAUCUCCAUGAUUCUGAUUCGUUCAUCAGGAACUGUGUCAAUGGCAUGUGCUGUGUGUUCCAGAAAGGCAUCACAUCUCACACAGUGGUAGACUAAGCGCAAGAAAUCCACAUGUGAACGUCAAUGUCCGUCCGAAAGCAUCUUUUGGCCAAAUACGUUACCACCUUUCUGGAAGUUACCCUUCUUAGAACAGCAGUGUGCCUACUAAUUUUGAGUAGCUCACUUUUCCUUGUGUCCUUUUCUGGAGCUAUAAAGAGGUCUCCAAAAUUUUUCGAGUUUCCCCGGAAGAUUGCUUGGUUCGGCUAUCCGGAAAUUCAUUUUUCAGACGAAAAGGGACAAUUCCCGAGAUGUCCGGAUAAUCGUGUUUGUGCUUUAGUAGUUAUUGAAAUAAGUGUUUCAUAUGGCUCUGUUCCUGUAAGCAGCUUUGGAGCUGCUGGAUUCUGAGAAAAUGUGUGUGCUUGUUUGCAGCAGUGCUUGAAUCCACAAGUGCUGCAUCACCUUCAGCGAGUGCAGCCAAGUCAAAGAGCAUGCUCAUUUCUGGUUCUGUCAAAAAAAUGUCUAUUUCUUGAGGAGCUUAUGUCUGUUUUGCAGUACUACCUGCUGUGCCAAAUAUGUCAUGGGCAAAGAUGUGCAUAAGAUGCUGCAUCAUCGUGUUGAGAGCUGUUUAAAAUUAAUUUUGAUUAAUAUGGAUAACAUUGUGACGCUAGCUAAUGAAACCCUGUACAUGAAGGCUACACUUUGUGAAAAAUUUUCCUUUUCAGAUUAUUACAGAUGGGUGCAUGAAAUGUUGACAACAGCCAAGGCUAUGUAGUCCUUGUUCUUGCGCCUUGUUUAGAUUAUCAGUUUGGUUUUGGGCCAACAUGCCAAAUAAAUUCAACUAUUCAACUUUA